AUGCCAGCAGUCACUCACCUGCUCGCUCAGACCUGCCUGGCCGCGGAGGGGAGCGCCUGGGUGCCACCGGCUCCUGCCAAGCCGCCGCCCGCAUCCCGCACUGCCGAGCCUAGGCGCCCGAUCGCCGCCUGGGGAGCCCGCUGCCGCCUGGGCCGAAGGGGACGAGGUGCCACAGCCGGUGGCACAGCAGCGGGAAUAGCAAGCCAAUAUUUGGUCCAUCCUGGCUCUGCUGUGGUCCCCUCUCCGAAUCCCCCUUCUGGCCCCUGGUGCCCGGACGGCUGGGUAGGGUACAGAGGGAAAUGCUACUAUUUCUCCAAGGCCAAAGAGAACUGGAACAACAGCCAGAGCAACUGCUCUGCGCUUGGUGCCUCCCUGGCUGUGAUUGACAGCGAGCAGGAAAUGACGUUCCUGCUGCGCUAUAAAGGCAAACUUGACCAUUGGCUCGGCCUCUGGAGGAAGCAGGACCAGGACCAGCCCUGGAAAUGGGCCAAUGGCACCGAAUUCAACAACCAGUUCGAAGUAAGGGGAGGAGGAGCCUGUGCGUAUCUGAAUGAUGUAGGCGUCAGCUCGUCAAGCUGUGAGACGGAAAAGAACUGGAUCUGUGCCAAACCUGAUCAAUAUGGGAAACGAAAAGAGAACAGUGUAGAAGGAAUGGAUAAACAGUGACGCUCAAGGGAAUAACCAGCUCCGUCUUCUU